AUGGCAGAGGAUAAAGUAGAAGAUGUUCACAUGAAGGAUGCAGAAGAAGUAAAUUCAUCAAUUACUGAAGCUGAAAAUUUAGUUAAAGAAAUUGAACAAUCGUUUACUUUGUUAGGAAAAGCUGCCACUUCAUUUGAUAAUAGAUACAUUUCCAAAGUAUUCCGUGAUUUAGGACCAUUGAGAAGGAAGUUGGUCCAGAAUGAAACAGUAUUACCUACUGUUAUAAAGGGAUUAUAUCCUCAUCAACAUUCCUCAAGAAUGUAUUUAUUACAAUUAGUUGGAGAAGAAGAAGGAGGGGAUAAUGUCAAUAAACAAUCAGAUGAUGAAAUGGAUGUUGAUAAAUCUAUAAUUCCAGAAGUUGAAUUAUAUGUGCAUCUUCUUGUUCAAGUUUAUCUUUUAGAUAAAGAAAAAUUAACCGAAUUGAAUCAAUUAAGUGAUAUUGUUAUAAAUUUAAUGAAAUCAUUCAACAAACGUUCUUUAGAUUUUAUUCAAGCAAAAGUUUGGUUUUAUGUAUGUAGAGUUAAGGAGUUAUUAGGUGAUUUACAAUCUGUACGUGCAGCUUUAUUAUAUGGAUUAAGAACAGCCACUUUAAGACAUGAUAUUGAAACUACUGCAUCCAUCAUAACUCUUUUAUUAAGAAAUUAUUUGUUAUCUCAUGAUAUUAGUCAAGCUUCCAAUUUGGUUGAAAAGGUUGAGUUCCCAGAAAAUGCAGGAAAUGCAUUAGUGGCAAGAUAUUAUUAUUAUUUGGCCAGAAUAAAUGCUAUUCAAUUAGAUUAUUCUACAGCCCAUGAAUGUGUUAUUGCAGCUAUAAGAAAGGCUCCUCAAACUCAUUUAUCCAACGGGUUUGUUCAAGCAGCUACUAAAUUGAAUAUAGUGAUUGAAUUGUUAAUGGGUGAUAUUCCAGAAUUGAAAACUUUCAAGAAUAAGUCAGGCAAUUUUGAACCAUAUUUCUAUGUUACUAAAGCUGUCAAAUUAGGUGAUUUGAAUUUAUUCAGUGAAGCUUUAAAGAAAUAUGAAUCUGCAUUUAAAAAAGAUGAUAAUUUUACCCUUGUUUCAAGAUUACGUCAAAAUGUUAUAAAAACCGGUAUUAGAAUCAUUUCAUUAUCUUAUUCUAGAAUUUCCCUAAAGGAUAUUUGUAUUAAAUUACAUUUAGAUUCUGAAGAACUGACAGAAUAUAUUGUUUCAAAAGCAAUUAGAGAUGGAGUUAUAGAAGCUACUAUUAAUCAUCAAAAAGGAUAUAUGCAAUCCAAUGAAUUAUUAGAUGUAUAUCUGACUAAAUUACCUCAAUCUGAAUUUGAUCAAAGAAUUAAAUUUUGUUUGGCAUUACAUAAUGAAAGUGUUAAAUCUAUGAGAUAUCCUAAUGAUAAUGAUAAAGAAAAUAUAAAUAAAGAAGUUGAACCAAGUGAAGAAAUUGAAUUAUUAAAAGCAAUUGAAGAAGGUGACUUAGAUGACUUUAUGGAUUAG